UCUCAGUUCUCCUCUCACCUCCUUGACUGCAAGAUGAAACUGCUCGUGCUGGCUGUGCUGCUCACAGUGGCUGCCGCCGAGAGCAGCAUCAGCCCUCGGGCCCUGUGGCAGUUCCGCAAAUUGAUCAAGUGUGUGAUCCCGGAGAGCAACCCUUUAUUGGACUACAACAACUACGGCUGCUACUGUGGCUUGGGGGGCUCAGGCACCCCCGUGGAUGAAUUGGACAAGUGCUGCCAGACACAUGACAACUGCUACAGCCAGGCCAAGAAGCUGAACAGCUGUACAUUUCUGCUGGACAACCCGUACACCAACACCUACUCGUACUCGUGCUCUGACUCUGAGAUCACCUGCAGCAGCAAAAACGAAGAGUGUGAGGCCUUCAUUUGCAACUGCGACCGCAACGCUGCCAUCUGCUUUUCAAAAGCUCCAUAUAACAAGGAACACAAGAACCUGGACGCCAAGUAUUGUCAGAGUUGAAUAUCACCUCUCAAAAGUAUCACCUCUACCUGCCUCAACUCACACUGUGCCCUCCAAUAAAGCACCUUGUU